AUGCCGGAUAAACGGGCGCACAGAGAUGAUGUUGAACUCGAUGCGGUAGAUGCCACACACAAGACUAUCAGAACUGGGAAGCGUGGGCAGGGAUCCGCCCACGAAAGUGGUAAGACACAGCUCACACGCACCGAGAGCUCACAUGCAAUGAAGGAAAAGAAACACCCUCAAACACGUUAUACCGCACGAAGUACCACUGCCGAAGAGACUCCGGCAAGUGUUGCACACCUUGAGCAUUUGCAUGAGGCCCCUAUCCACGUUUUGCGCAAAAAGCAUGUGUCGCGAUUCGCCAAACUGGGACUGGGUUAUAGCAAAUCAAAGUUAGGAAUCUCACCUGUUGGUCAACAAUAUAGAAUGCAAGUCAGCGGCAACACUCAGAGCGUAGGGGCAGAUCCAAAGAACCCAAUUCUGUGCGCAGAGCCUGCUACGGAGUGCACCGUUGAUAUGUCACCGUGCAUGACUACCAACAGUCCAUACGCUGCCACCCCGUGUCAUCACGCAAGGGGCUCGCAGAAGGGCAUGUCACUCGACAGCCAAUACUCAGCCGAUGUGGCGGGAUCUUGGCAUAGCUAUACUCCACCAAGCUACAAGAUUGGCUCCACCGCUGGUCUCGGACCAAUCGCAGAGGUCAGCGGUGGCGCAUGUCCCUCACGCGUGCGCGGCGAACAUCACCCAGAAUUCUCAGCUGCUGGGCCACCUUCGAUUGGACCACAUCAUGAUAGGAAUGGACAGAGGGGUCCCAACAAGCAAAUCAAAGGCCUUAUCGCACACUACACGACGGUAGUGCCGGGGCCGGUAGCUGAUUUCCUGUUGAGAUGCUCAAGCGACAUCCAGUGGACAGCUGAUGUCGAGGAGAGACUGGUGGCUGCGCUCGAUACGCCAUCCACACUUAGCAGCACCCAAACACAACUUAUAAUCGCAGGUGCGAUUGCCUCUGAAUUCGCACGGCAGCACAUGACUGUGUACCCCCGAUUAAAGGUACUCCCGCCUCAACAACUAAGCAUAUUCCAGGUGCUAGUAGACCCCCUGACUCCACAGCCGAUCUCUGCAUGGGAGUGCGCGAUGACCAUAGAGGGUGACCCCAAUUCACUAUCCGAAGAUCAGCAAAUUCGAAACGACUUUAUUGAGUGGUGCAGAAUCCUUGUGCAGCUGGUAAGCUUCUGCAAAUCUAUGAUUGAUUGCUUUUUCUGGUUUAGCCCUCGCAUCAAGAAAUUUCGUAAGUCAUGAAUUUCUUUUCACCUCAUUCCGAGCAU